AUGUCUGCAUCUGAUGCUACUGCAUUUCUUAAUAGAGGUAAAUCAUCUAGUUAUAUAAUUAGGAAAUGUAUUUUAUGAAAAGGGAGAAUAUGUAAAAGCACUCCAAGACUACAACAUGGCCAUCCAAUUAAAUCCAAAUUAUGCUAAUGCGUAUAUAAAUAGAGGUAAACCAUCUAGUCAUAUAAUUAGGAAUUGUAUUUGAUAUUAAAGGAGAAAAUGAAAAAGCACUUCAAGACUACAACAUGGCCAUCAAAUUAAAUCCAAAUUAUGCUGAAGCGUAUACGAACAGAGGUAAAUCAUCUAGUCAUAUAAUUAGGAGUUCUAUUUGAUAAAACAGGAGAAAAUGAAAAAGCGCUUCAAGACUAUAACAUGGCCAUCCAAUUAAAUCCAAAUGAUGCAGAUGUGUAUAUAAACAGAGGUAAAUCAUCUAGUCAUAUAAUUAGGACUUCUAUAUGAUAAAACAGGAGAAAAUGAAAAAGCACUUCAAGACUAUAACAUGGCCAUCCAAUUAAAUCCAAAUGAUGCAGAUGUGCAUAUAUACAGAGGUAAAUCAUCUAGUCAUAUAAUUAGGACUUCUAUUUAAUAAAACAGGAGAAAAUGAAAUAGCACUCCAAGACUACAACAUGGCCAUCAAAUUAAAUCCAAAUGAUGCUAAAGCGUAUACGAACAGAGGUAAAUCAUCUAGUCAUAUAAUUAGGAGUUCUAUUUGAUAAUUAAGGAGAAAAUGAAAAGCACUCCAAGACUACAACAUGGCCAUCCAAUUAAAUCCAAAUUAUGCAAAUGCAUAUUACAACAGAGGUAAACGAUCUAUUCAUAUAAUUAGGAGUUCUAUUUGGUCAAAAAGUAGAAUAUGAAAAAGCACUCCAAGACUAAAACAUGGCCAUCCUAUUAAAUCCAAAUUUUGCAAAUGCAUAUUACAACAGAGGUAAAUCAUCUAGUCAUAUAAUUAGGAGUUCUAUUUGAUAAAACAGGAGAAAAUGAAAAAGCACUUCAAGACUAUAACAUGGCCAUCCAAUUAAAUCCAAAUGAUGCAGAUGUGUAUAUAAACAGAGGUAAAUCAUCUAGUCAUAUAAUUAGGAGUUCUAUUUGAUAAAACAGGAGAAAAUGAAAAAGCACUCCAAGACUACAACAUGGCCAUCCAAUUAAAUCCAAAUUAUGCUAAUGCGUAUAUGAACAGAGGUAAAUCAUCUAGUCAUAUAAUUAGGAGUUCUAUUUGAUAAAACAGGAGAAAAUGAAAUAGCACUCCAAGACUACAACAUGGCCAUCCAAUUAAAUCCAAAUUAUGCUAAUGCGUAUAUGAACAGAGGUAAAUCAUCUAGUCAUAUAAUUAGGAGUUCUAUUUGAUAAAACAGGAGAAAAUGAAAUAGCACUCCAAGACUACAACAUGGCCAUCCAAUUAAAUCCAAAUUAUGCUA